UGUUUUAGGCUGCACUUCUAUUCUGAUUGCUCACACACGUUUUCUUUUUCCUCAGCUGAGAAAGCUGCCAUCAUCACGCACCUGCUCCAGAUGUUCCUGAUCUUCCACUUUAAUAUUGCUCUUUGCAAGACAAAUAAAGCCAUGGGUUUAAGCCCUGCGACAUCCACUGACCUACCGAUGUGCCCUUGAGCAAGGCACUACACCCACUACACCUGCACAGUUGCUCGGGUUACGACUGACAGCAAAAUGUCUUUUCUGCACAUGCAACUAAACGCGCUGGAACUUCCAGACUUGACUUUUGACUUUGUGGCGUUAAAUAACUGAAGCUGUAACUGGUAGAAAGGCCACAUUUCACUAUGAGCAGCACCAGUAGGUUGCGGCUCCCCCGAAGAACAACGUGAGACAGGCUGGCUGCGUGUGGGCACCUGUUUGCUGCUUGCAGACUUUCACCAUGAGGGAGCAGCGCUAAGUGGAUGUGACUGCUCUGAUUGCGCUCCAUGGGAAAGCGAGAAGAAAUAGCCUACCUCAGAUCAUCAACGCGUCAUAUAAUGUUUCAGCGGACGCCCCUCCCCCUGUCUCGUUUUUUCCCCUCACUCAACCUCUCCUUUGACUCACAGAGGCGGCUCACCACUGGCGCACGGACCGUGGACGAUACGGGCAGAAGAUGGCUGACUUAGCCGGGCACCGCAAGCCCUCGGCGGCAUCAUCAGCGUCACACGGGCCGCUGAAAAGCUGCAAGACAUCCGCCGUCUGGCGACUGUAAACAGCUGCCGCUGCCUCUCUCACCCCCUCCUCUCCCCUCCUCACCGCAAAUAUUGACAGAAGUAUCAAAGAGAAAACAUGGCAGAGAUGGAAAAAGAGGGCAGACCUCCGGAAAAUAAAAGAAGCCGAAAACCAGCUCACCCGGUGAAAAGGGAAAUAAAUGAAGAGAUGAAGAGCUUUGCAGAGAACACCAUGAACGAGCUGCUGGGCUGGUACGGCUAUGACAAGGUGGAGCUGAGAGACUCUGACCACCUGGAGAUAGGGGAGACGCCACAGCACAUCUCUGUCCUCAAAGAAAACUUGUUGCCAAAAAUCCCAACUUCGACAGAGGGCAGCGAAGCCUCUCCGGAUCGAGCCAACAGCUCCCAGUCUUUGCCAGCCUCCAGGAACGGAGUCACAGAGUCCUCCACCACGCCGUCCACCUCCACGCCCAGCAUCAAGGAACACGGCAACCUGCCCAUCCUAGUCCCCAUGAUCCCCCCGCCACUGAUCAAGCCCCCUGCAGAUGAAGAUGCAUCCAAUGUGCAGAUCAUGUGCGCCUGGUGCCAGAAGGUCGGCGUCAAACGCUAUUCUCUGAGCAUGGGGAGUGAGCUGAAGAGCUUCUGCAGUGAGAAGUGCUUCGCCGCCUGCCGCAGAGCCUAUUUUAAGAGAAACAAGCUGGGAUAUGUAAGGAAUUACGCUGCGAGAGACGACGAUGGCCUCGGUGGGAAAUUACCCCAGCACAACUUUACUCAGGACACGCCCAGGCUUGUCUUCAAGACAAACAGCGAUGUGCUUGUGUGUGACUGGUGCAAACAUAUUCGCCACACUAAGGAGUACCUAGACUUUGGUGCUGGUGAGCGGAGGCUGCAGUUCUGCAGUGCCAAAUGCCUGAACCAAUAUAAGAUGGACAUUUUCUACAAGGAGACCCAGGCCGCGCUGCCUGGAGCAAUGUGUAAUCCAGGACAUGGGGCUGGCGGGGAGGGUAAGCUGGAGUGCAGUGGAGGGGUACAGCUGCUCACUCCUGAAUCUUGGGGAACUCCAUUAACAGACCUCCGGCGUAAAGCUCCCUCACCAGGGGGGCCUUCCACCACCUCUGCUUUUGCCCCUUCCACUUCUUCUGCCACCUCACCCUCAGACACUGCUGCCGUCUGCUCCCCGUCCUCCUCCUCCUCAGCCAAGAUCCCCACACCCAGACCCCAUGAGAGCCCCACACUCCCCCCCCCGCCCGUUCCAACUUUGCACCCACCUGUCGGGGUUCACCCUGGUAGCCCUCCCAUGGUGAUGACACCCCGGGGACCCAUGCCCCUGCCUCUGUUCAUGGAGCAUCAAAUGAUGCAGCAGAUCCGUCCACCAUUUCUUCGCCCCUCUGCCCACCCAGCAGGGCCCAAUAGCCCCCUGUCAAACCCUAUCAUCCCCGGUAUUGGUCCACCACCUCCCUCUAGGACCAUUGGUCCAGCAUCAAGCCCCAUGCACAGGCCCCUGCUGUCUCCACAUGUCCACCCCUCAUCCAAUCCCAACCCUGGCAUGACCCCCCACCAUGGUCUCCCCAUGCCAGGCCUGCCCCCUUUCCCCCCAAUCAACAUGAUGCCCAAUGGACGCAUUCCUCUGCCCCCAAUGAUGAACUUUGGCAUGCCAUCCUUGGCCCCAUUGGUACCCCCACCAACUCUCUUGGUCCCUUACCCUGUCAUUGUACCCCUCCCAGUCCCAAUUCCUAUUCCAAUCCCAAUUCCCUUUAGCCCCAAAACUUCCAGGGACCAGCCGGAGAACAGUGGCUGCGUCAGCAGUGCUCCAGAGUCCUUUGAAGCUUCAGCUUCUUGGCCCCACUCUCCAGGUUCCUCUGGAGGUGACAGAGGGGAGCAGAAAGUAGAGUCUGCUGGUGCAGAGCGUCUUUCUCCUGUACGCUCAGAGAGAAGCAGGACGGCGUUGGUGGACUUGACUGUGAAGGCAGAGGACAAUUCAGGCAACCUGUGUCUAGCCAGUGGUCCUGGACCGAUAGAUGGGGUGAUUGAUCUAACUGUGGGCCAGAGGUCAUGCAAACAGCAGGUAAUUCAGCGGAUGUUACCUGGGGUCCAGGUCAAAGUAGAGGUAGAAGCUGAAUCAAGAUCUCCACCAGCUGCUGGGCUGGGGGAGGAAGGGAAGGGCAGGCGGGAUGGGGAAGAAAGGGUCCUCUCACAGGGCCUCCUCAGUGCUACAGAGCUGGAAGGGGCCACACACCCAAACACACUGGAAUCAUCAGGCCCACCCUCCAGCAACAGCAGCCCUUCUUGCAACACUGAUCCUCCAGUGAGCCAUCUAAAUCCCUGUAACUCCAACUUUACCCCACCACCUUUGUCCAGCACAGCACGGACCCAGCCCCAACCCUUGCCCCAGCUCCAAACUAGCCCUGCUGCCCCAUGUAAUGUCAUAGUCAAUGGUACAGGAUGGCAUUCGCUUCUCACUCCUGCCUUUGAGUCUUGCCCUGACCGAAGAGGAGACAGCAUUGCAGGAGAAGGAGAGGCAGAGGAGCAGCCAGCCAACUGUGAGCUGGAACACGAGGCACUGAAAGAGAACAAUUGCUUGGUUGGAGAUUGGGAGCCGGGGAAGCGGGGCUCAGCCCAAGAUGAGAUGGCAGAUACAAUCGAGGGUAAGCCAGACCCUGACUCCAACUUGGAGGAGGGUGAGCAUGCCUAUGCCCUGCCGUUGCUGUCUACCGGAGGCUGUGUGGUCAUCCAGCCUGUGCCAAAGCCCGGUGCUGACAAGACGGCCAUCCUGUCCUGCUCCAUCAGUGCCCCUUUAUCAGCAGAUGGGAGCCCCGAAUUGGAGCCGCCGCUGAAGAGGAGGUGUCUGCGAAUCCGCAAUCAAAACAAAUGAGAUGGACGCUCUGAGGACCACAGUGCCAUCAACGACACUCACAUGUCCACCCCCCACUUCCAAAUCUCACCCCACCCAGCUAGACAACCGCACACGUGCACACACACACACACACAAACAUUUUUUCUUGUCCUCGCUCAUUGUCCAGUCUACCAGCACCACAAAUCGCCUUCGACGACUGAUGAGAGUCCAACCAAACAUGUUGAUGUGUAUCAUAGUAGAGCAGGACAAGACUCCUUUUGUCCGUGUGACAGAGACUCUGAUGGACUGACCUUCUACAGACUUGAUGUCAUGGCCAGCAGGAUUGCUUGAAGUUUGAACUGCAGACAGUAUAUCCCUGCAACAGGAGGACUUUACCCCGCUGCUUCUCUCCUCAUUUAGAGACUCUCAGUCCACACUUAUACCUUAUCCACCCUCCCCUAUCAAAGCAAGUGCUCUCUGUAUUAUUUGUUACUAUGGAACGCACUAUAGUGUCCGAUCUUCUGAGCUGCUGCUGGGAAAUUAGUAAAGGAGCCCCAAAGAGAGAUUUCCAUUCCUCAGUGUAAAACUCCUGUUUCGCUCUAACCUGGUACGCUGCAGGUACAAAAUCUCUGCUCCAGUAAGUGUUAUUUUUUUCUCACUCAAGUUGUCACUAAGGUAUAGACUGAUUACACAACGUUUAGAUUGUAGAGCCACAGAGCUGGAAAAAAAUUUGCAAAAAUUCUUCUCCAUCUUCUUGGCCACAACCAGCAAAAAUGUACUUGCCAACCUGACACAAAGUGUUCUGGGUAAUUCUGAUGGAUGGUAGCUAAAAAGAAGCACAACAAGCAUGAAUGCAGUUAAUGCAAAAUGACUGUAGGACAAUUUAAAGAGAUAUUUUAAUCAGAGGCUGGAAAACAGUCCUUGGACAUAAAGUCACCAGUUGUGUUGAGAAUUAUUCCUACUGAAUCAGCAAACUGGAGGAUAAAAUAUUAACCUUCACCAGCAGGUAAUGGGGUGUGUGUGGAAUCAUGCAAUUUUUGCCAUUUUCCUGUGGCAUCUAUUUGAUUGCUCUUACACUUCACUGAAUUUAAAUAUAUAUUGUUACACAAGAAUGAGACAGAGUUGUCAUGAUAAUCAUUCCUAUUAUUGACAGUUCCACACCCUCGGGAACGCCGUCUGUGUGCAUAAACAAUAAGCCAUGCUAGUAACAGUAACAGGGGCCCCUGUUGUUUUUGAACAUUUCAAGGCUUACUGCACCUCCAAAAGAACUGGGAUGGCAUGGCACUGUAGAAACUCUGCCAACCUGCAAUGGGUACUUGCUACCGCAGGCUAGUACGUAAUCUUUUCUAUAAUACAUUACCAGUGAUGUUCCUGUAAUGGGUUAGUUUGAGACUGACUGCACUGAAUUUGGAGGGGGCAGAGGGAAGCCAGCUCUUUCAUAAAUAAUUCUUUUGAGACCUGGAGGAAAGCUGCUGAAGUAACACAACAGCAAUAUUUCUACAAUAAACACUGAAGACGAAUUCAUUUUGGAAAUAAUUUGAGAAAUAUUUAAAACAUUGCCUCUUGCUUGUCCACCGAUCCUGCCAAGUUGCUUAAUGUUUUUGCCAAUUAUUACUUGUUUAGAGCCAAAUUUAAAGCCAGUGUUGUCCUUGACUCAAUGUCAUGCUCUAUGUACAGCUUUUUGGGCAGUUUAGGUAAAUACAACACAACUGUUACCCAUCCAGUUUGAUCUGAUCCAGUUACGCCGCAGCUUAAGCCUGUGAGCUGGGACUCCAUCAAACAAAGCCAGCAUUUAGUUUACACUCCUAUGGAGGAGGUACAUUGUACCAGCGCGAGACAAGGUAUUAUCAUAUGCCAAAGGCCUCUGGUGUGUUGAAACAAAACAUGUCACCUAGUUUUCAGUGGAAAUGGGAUUUCAAACUGAAGAUUUGACCAGAUAAUUUAUAGUUGCCAAAAUAGCAAGCACUUAUUUUAAAAAAGAAAGGAGGAUACACAAGUGGAUGUCAAAAGCAGUAUUACCCUGUUAUCUCUCUUUAUGGUUUACUCAAUCCAUAAAGGCCUAUGAUAUGUCACACUGUGAGUAAAUUGAAAUACAAAUCUGGAUUAAAAAGAUAAUGCAGAAAUUGAGUGCUCCUUAAUCAUGAGUUGCAUUAGAUGUGUAUAUUGCUUUGCAGUCCCAUCCUGUCUCACUGUUUUUCCUGUAGCCUUUGUUUUAUUCAUUCGGUCAUGGUGAGACGGUAUGAUUCACUGCGAGGCCCAACCUUUACUCAUACACAUAUUCACAUGUCACAAGCAUACCUACAGCACUCAUACUCAUUAAACAAUGCACACACACAAUGCACGUAGUAAAUUUAACUGUGUGUACGUGUGUGUGUGUGUGUGUGUGAGGCAGGUGCAAGCAGAGAGCCCAGUUGAGAUUACAGAGUGUUGACUCAGAGUAAGCAGUGUGCAACUCUAUCUGUUGCCUGUUAGUCAGGCAUUUAGGCUUAGCUUGCCGCUUGCCAAGGCCCAGCUUUGGUGUCACGUUAAGCAUUUCCUUGCCCCCGCUUCAUUUCUCUCCAAGCAAAGGCAGCGAAAAUGCUCCUUUUAAGCUGCCUGUUUCAGUCUUGUCUGCUUCUUGCUGGAGUGCAUUUGUCCAUAAGUAGAGUUAUUCCUUUCUGUAAUUCUUUCACAAAUAUCCAUAAGCACAGCAUUUGUAAAUUUAUAUGAGAAGAAUAGAAAUUGAGCAAUUGCACCCCUACUCCAAAACUGAGAUUUCCCUGUCAAGCCAUCAGUUGUCUCAUCCAGAAUCUUGCUAGUGAAAGAACAGAAACCAGGGUUGAGGUAACCUAGAAACUGGACACUGUAGUUUUUAGUGUCUGUGCUGUCUAAUGUCUAAUACAUAUGGGAGUCAUACAAAACCAGGGCCAUAGCCAGGAUUUUAGAGGUCCCCCCAACACCCCUUACCAUUUAGACCAGAAACCAAAAAGUUUUUUUUAUUACUUGGAUUUUUCAUAUUUUAUUUAUUCAGUUAACUGUUGAUUUAUACUUUCUGUAAAUUGUAUUUCUUGUCAAACUUAAAAAAUACCCGCUGUGUGUAAGUUUUUAGAACAUAAAGUCCCAGUAGGUUGCAAAAACAGACAGAAGACAUGACCUCAGUAUCCUCAACCCUGUACAAAACUGAGCCACUAAUACAGCUCUGUCCUUUGUCUGAAGGACAGGUUACAGUUUCCUAUUUGUUAGUGUAUGGGCCUGCAGCAUGCAGUUAAAAGAAGGUGGAAGACUGUUGUGUCGGUCAACUCAGCUGUUAAGUGAGGAGAACAAAGUUUUCAAAAUGAUCCAUGGGUCCUGGUUAGCUCCUUUGUUUACUGCUCCAAGCUGUCACUUUAGCAUACACUGCACUGAGGAGACAGGCUGCACGCAUUUUCAACAACAGGAAGACUGACCUUGUAAAGGAAAAGAAAGGUGUCAGUCUUGUUAUUAUAUGACAUGUAGACUGAUAAAUGUUUGUCCUGCUAGCAGUGGAGACGAAUGAUGGCUAUGUGGGCAGACUGCCAUAAAAUGUACUGAGCACACUGAUGUUAAUCAGAGGAUGUACCGUUUCCAAGUUGGACUGUCCAUGAGCUUUCCACUAGCACCACCCUCAGGACAAAACAUCAACUUUGUACACAAAAUAUCUAAAGCUAAUGGCCAGAUUUCAGGUGAAGGAAUAGUUCACUAUUUUGGGACAUACGAUUAUUUGCUUUCUUGCUGAGCGUUAAAUGAAAAGACUGUUACCACUCUCAUUUCUGUCCAUUAAAUGUGAAACUACAGCCAGCUGUCGGUUAGCUUAGCUUAGCAUAAAGACUGGAAACAGGAGGAAAAAGCUAGCCCGGCUCUGUCUAAAGAUAAAACAAUCUGCCUACCUGCAACUCUAAAGCUUACUAAUUAACACAUUAGAUCUCUUUAUCAUUAUGCUAAGCUAAGUUAACUGGCUGCUGGCUGUAGCUCCAUAAGUGUUUUUCCCAAGAUGACGAUUAUUCUUUUAAAUCUCGUGCCACCAUCAGGCUGAACUUUCAAUUUUAGUCCGACUACUGGCCGAUCUCCCAGAAAAAGUACGUCAUUAUUGUUACCAGAAAUGUCAUACUGAUUUAUAAAGGUGUGUGUGGGUGUGUGUGUGUGUGUGUGGGGGGUGAUGAGGAACUAACCAAAAUCUUUUGUUAUGUCUGCUUUUUCUCCUGCUUGACACUGUUACACACACAUUCAGACACAUACAAAACAACAUGCAUGUUAUGUCUGAUCCUAAUCUGCACCAUGUGGUGUUGGCGUUGCAAAUGGUAUACUGUCCAUGUCUGAGACAGAUAUUGAAGAUAUGAGAGCCUAACUCUCACGUGGAAAUACUGGACCACUGAAUCAGUCGUCGUGAUGGCAAACAGACUCGUGACAAAUCUCCAGCAUUCCUUUUUUGAUGAUGGACUACAGGCCUGGUCAACAGCCUGAAUUAUGCAAUGACAACUAACUCCAACCCUAAUAUAAGACUAGUGGUCCACAGACAAAAUAAAACAUGACAUGACUUCAUGUAUUCUUUUCGAAAACAACAGAGAAGUUGCCUUAACUCUUGCUUGUAUAAUCUCUACAGUUAAGACAAUGAUGCUCGCUUGUAAAGAAGACUCUCCCUUCUUUGUACAAAAUGAAAUAUACCAGGAACAACAACUUUGUUAUCUUGCUAGUGUCAAUGUAUAGAUGAUCAGCUUUUUCUGUAACUUGUAUGGACCGUCACAUUUUUGCUAAGAAGAAACCCUCCUCCCAAAUUCCUUGUUCCUAAACAUCUAAUCUGUUCAACGUUUUAACUUGUGGUGGACUGUCAAAUCUCUUUGUGUACAUUUUAUAGUAUUAUUUAUUGUUGAAAAGUUUUGCAUUUGCAAAUAAUAAAAAAAGUGAAGGUGGUUUGACCUGAGCAUUCUAUUCCAAUGUAAAUGCCUGGUGAACAGUGAAAAGCUUUUUUAAUUAUUAAAAGGGAGAAAACAGUGACAUGAGGAGAUGAUCUUCUGUCUUUUUAUUAUGACGUUGUAACAUGUACAUAACAUGUGGCCAAAAUUGCUUUGGAAAAUAAUCAUUUUUUGUGUUGUAACAGUAUUUGUUUUAUCCAGUGAAUUGCUCAUGAAGACAAAUAAAUAAGAGGCACACACAACUCUGUUU